AUGGAUGCAUUAUUGGAUUUAGAUUCUGCGUUCCACGAAGCCUCAGUGACGGUGAACCAAUUUUUGAACGUUGACAAGGCAACAAUGCUGCGUCUCUAUGGACUUUACAAACAAGCAACCCAAGGGGAGUGCAACAUUUCUAAACCAGGAAUAUUAAGUUAUACAGCCCGGCAGAAAUGGGAAGCAUGGAAUUCGCUGGGAUCAACAAGUGUUGCAGAUGCGAAAUCCCAAUAUAUUGAAUUAGUUAACAGUCUGACUCCGAACGACAAACAAGAAGCACAAAGUGUUAACAAAGCUUCAGCUUUUGGAGUUUCCGUCAGUUGUAUGGCGAAAACAGAACAAGAACUCAACGACAGUGAUAAAACAGUUUUUGAUUGGCUGAAAGAAGGCAGUUUGGAAAAUGUUUCAUCCUCAUUGACUACUAACCCAUCUCUCAUUUCUUAUCGUGACGAAAGUAAAAUGGCGUUAAUUCACUGGGCAGCGGAUAGAGGCGAUAUCGCCAUGAUCCAGCUACUUGCGAAAAAAGGUGCCGAUGUGAACAUGACAGAUGGUGAUGGACAAACCCCUCUACACUAUGCUUUUGCAUGCGGCCAUGAUGAGUGUAUACGUCUUUUAGAAACGCUUGGCGCCAACCGCAACGUCCGUGACAGUAAUGGAAUGGUCCCCUCGGACCUAGCCGAAUCAUGAGUUAAUCAUUCUGCUGCAGCAGCCUUUUUUUGCUGAAGAUUUUGCUGGCCACAUGAAGACAGUCAUGUUGACAUGACCUCUUUGACAUUCCUUUUGACACAGGGUGGAAAGGAAAUAAAAGGUGUCGGUAUGAACGGCGAAGAAAUCAAUGGGUUUGAGUAAAGAAGAAAAUAUACAAGAAUAAACAAACUUUCUUAGUCAAACAGAAAGGGCUUCAGCGAGCGGACUGUUGGUAAAAAUAAACGAUUAACAAUUAGUUAACAGCGAGAACUAAACGUAUGUCAACUUUACGGAAAAUGAAAAGGGUAAAGAAAAAAGGAUGGCAGAAAUGCGUUUAUAAAGGAAAUUGUGAUAUCAAGAAGCAUGGCGGGGUUGAGAACAUGAUCUCGAAUAUCAACAGCAUCUUUACGUUCGUAAUGCACCUUGACAUGGCUUAUGUUUCUUUUUCUAUAUCAGGCAUGACAUCGUAACACUGAUCCAACUGUGUAAAAGUAAAUAAUCCUGUAUUGUUUCUGAAUUUUGUUUCAUAAGAAUAUUCGCGUAACAUUCAUACCAUCCAACAUUCAAAUUGGAUUGCCUCAAACGAGAGGUUGGGGAGGAAAGGAGAAGGUGCUAGGGGAGCACAUUUGAAACGAAACGUCCCCCCCCCACCUCCC